UACUUCAAACUAACGGCGGAACAAUUGACUAUGACUCUCUUAUGAGUCUAGAUUCUAUCAGAAGAUUGCGAAGUAGUAAAAACCUUUACAAUCCCUAAAACCCCAUCGCGGCAUCGCCAUAUUCUCCAAAAUUUCCUACUUUUUCCUAUCCAAAUUUCAAAGUAGUCGAUGUUCUGCAUUUAAUCUGUAUUACAACAACAAUCCAUUCGCACAGGAAGAUUGAAUUUGAUAAGCUGGAAAAAAUUUGUUCCUUCAUAAAUUGAGUAAUCUUGAUUUGUUAUAAGGAGCUCCUUCCAGUAUAAGUAAGCUAUAUCAAACAGUAUUAAACUUCUGUGCAAUUGAGUCCCACAUUUAUGCUUGCUUAUCAUAGUUGUAACUCUUGGAAUUGAGUGGUAUGGAGGAAUUAUUAAAUAAUCCUGUAUUUGUAAGCCAUGUUAUUGCAGCUUCUGGUUCUGUAGCAAUAGGCACUGCUAUAGUGUAUCCUCUUGACACUAUCAAAGCUCUCAUUCAAGUUGGUGCAAGUUCCAGAAAGAAGUUAACUACAGGUGAGGUUUUGGGAAGGGUUAAAGCAGUAUCGGGAUAUUCAGGUUUGUACAGUGGUCUUAGUUGGUUGACUCUAGGAAGAAUCAGUAGUCUUGGUGUUCGAUUUGGGGUCUAUGAAAUUUUGACAGCCUUUUAUAAAGAUGGUAGAGUGGAUAAUUAUGUACAUGUUUCUGAAGCUCUUUGUGCAGGAAUGGUAUCUGGGGCUUUAGAGUGCUGUUUGAACUCUCCGUUUGAAAUGAUUAAACUUCGAAAGCAGGUUGCUGCCGCUAUUCCUAUUCCCACUAUUAGUAAUCCAGCUACUAAACCUGCUCCAGCUCCCAUCAUUUCUAGGUUACUUCCUGGAUAUGUCCCAGAGAAAGCAACAUUGGAUCGAACUGUCAACUUGUUGUCUGUUUUAUCUUCAAAAAAUAUUAACAUGGCUGAGGCCCUGAAAAAUUGUCCGUGGAUGAUGACGGGUUCUGGUAUGCUACCUGAGGUCACUCACGUUAGUCGGCCGCUAGAUAUUGUCAGAUUGGAAGGAUGGCGGUCUUUAUGGAGAAAUCUUCGGUCUGGACUAGCUCGAGACUCUAUUUUUGGUGGAGUUUUUUUUGGCACCUGGCAAUUUAUGCAGCUGGCAAUGCUUAAUUGGAAGGCUGUUGGGAUGGAUCCUCCACCUGAGACAAAUGAUGAAGUUCCCCCCUUGUCGCCAUUUGCUGUUAGCCUGGCAGCUGGAUUUUCAGGGUCAUUGGCUGCUAUUGCUUCUCAUAGUUUUGACACCUCAAGAACCCGAUCCCAGUGUGUUGUGCUACCCAGGUAUCUAGCUAUGGAGAGACGUCUUCUAAAAUGGAGGCGCCCUGGUAAUUGGUUUGAAAGAUUUACUGGGAUCCAUCCAGCUGAUCGCAAUCUUUUACUCCGUGGAGUUUCUGCAAGGAUGGCUCGAAGUGGUUUGGCUUCAUUUGCUUUAGUAGGGACUUACUUUAUUGCUGUUGACCAUCUUGUUAGUAAUUUAUAAGUAUAACUUCUUAAGUACUGAGUAUAAGACUUUGAGAAACACUGUUGAAAGAAAGGCUAAGUUCUGCCGUUAAUUAGCCAUAUCAGAAAGAAGAUUCGAUAGCUCUUCUUAAAAUUUAUGCGCUGGAGAACUAGAUAAGGGGUUUCUUUGUCACAUAGGUAUUGUUGACUAGUACCCGUGGGUUGUUGGUGACAUUUUUCCAUAUUAUUUGGGUUUCCAUGUAAGCUUAGAACAUUCAUAUUGGUAUUAUUUUUGAUGGAGUUUCCAUAUAGUUCAAACUCAUUUUGUAGCAUCAUCAGUCAGUUGAAUACUUGAAUUCACUGUUUUUCACC